GGCGCGCUGCCGGCUCGGCCCCCGCUGCCCUCAGAGCCCCCUCAGCCGGGGAGCGGUGAGGGGGGAAAGCGGGGAGCUACGCCGGUCAUGGCGCUGCUGCUGGAACACGAGUUCAAGCCGCUGCCGGCUGAUAAGCAGAUCGAGACUUUGCCCUUCCUGGAGGCCGUGGCGCACCUGCCGCCGUUCUUCGAUUGCCUGGGGACUCCCAUUGUCUACUCGCCUGUCAAAGCAGACCUGACUGGAAAUAUCAAGAAAAUCCGAGCGGUUUAUGACUCCAACCCUGCCAAGUUCAAAACGCUGCAGAACAUCCUGGAGGUGGAGAAGGAGCUGCAUGGCUCGGCCUGGCCCAAGACGGGAGCGACGCUGGCGCUGAUGUGGUUGAAAAGGGGUCUGAAAUUCAUUCUGGUGUUGCUGCAGAGCAUCUCUGACGGCGAGAGGGAUGAGGAGCAUCCCAACCUCAUCCGAGUGAACGCCUUGAAGGCUUACGAGAUCGCACUGAAGAAAUACCACGGCUGGAUGCUGCAGAAGCUCUUCACGGGCUCAGUCUACGCUCUUCCCUACAAAUCCGAUUUGCUGAAGGCCUUGGAGAAGGGUAAAGAAGUCAAGGAAGAGGAAAGCAUAGAAAAAAUCCACCAGUUUCUCACGAGGGUCACUCCAAUCCUGGAUGCAAUUUAUGAGAUGUACACGAAGAUGAACGCUGAGCUGAGCUACAAAGCCUGAAGCUGGCACAGGAUUGGCACAGAUUAAAUAACGUGUGAUGGGUGUUGCCUAUGUCUUCAUCACUGAGGCAGCUGGGGCGGCUCCCAGCUCUCUGGUGACUUUCGAUUCCUGUCUGGAUCUGCAGUGAAUAACGUCUUUUCUAACCAAAAAAAUAGCAGUAAUUAACUUUCUAUUAAGAAUACGGCAAUAAAGCAAUUGUGGGUGUCACCCUCGGAUUUCCCAAGAGGAAGAGCAAGUGUUUCUAGUCCCAACUCUCGGAUUCCUGCCUUCAGUGAGGCAGGCAAUGAAGUGUCCUGCUGAUGGAUGAAGUGGCACUAGGACUGUGUCUGGAACCCACCGACAGACACCUCGUGUUGAUUGGCACUGGAUUGUCCAGAAUGAUGCCCGUGGUGGAGGAGCUGAUGACUUUGGGGUGACCCCAACUCCUCCAGUGCUGGGGUGGGAUCGAGCCCCUCCGCUGGGAUUCAGAAACCAGCGAGUGUCCCCGUGGUGUUUGCUGUGCCUUAUGAGCCCCCCUGGCCUCCUGAGCCCCGGCGGGAGCAGCAAUUAAUAAAAACUGACAGUACCCAUGG